UACAACAAAUAUUGGGGAAAUAAGAAACGUGCGCGGGCCCUAUAUAAACGACAACCAGCAGAUGCAGAGGUAUCAGUGUUCAGUGAACAUCUCAUUUUCAAAGACGAAUAUUCAGCAAUCUCAAGAAACAUGAAAUCUUACACAGCGAUAUUAGCUUUGUGCCUUGUCGUCCUCGUGAUGACUCAACAAGCAACUUCCGAACCAGCUCCUGAACCAGCUAAGAGUGGUCACCACAAUAAUGGUGGAUACGGCGGUGGAUACAACGGUGGACACGGUGGUGGAUACAACGGUGGACACGGUGGUGGACACGGUGGACAUGGAAAUGGUGGAUAUGGAAAUAGUGGUCAUGGACACGGUGGACAUGGAAAUGGUGGAUAUGGUGGCGGUCACGGAAGUGGUGGACACGGAGGACAUGGAGGACAUGGAUCAUAUGGACAUGGACAUGGACAUCACUAAAACAAUUUCUAUUAUAAUCCAUACAAUACAAUAAUGUUAAAAAGUUAUUUAUUUUUUUUCCAAAUCAAUUUUUAUAUAUUAUGUUUAAUGAAAAAAACCAAAUAAACGAUAAUUUAUCAGGUGAUUUUCACCUGUUUCAAACAA